UGCUCUUCACUUUCUCUUCCAUUGCAAACAGAAACACAUCAUCACUUCAUCCACUAGAAACAUGGCUUGCCAUCAAAGAUCUGCAAGUUUGCCUUGUAUCGCACGCUCCAAUGAAUCCAAAGUAGAGGUAGAGCUGCAGGGCCUGAAGUCAUGCAUCUCUUCGCCCUCCGCAACCAUCAGCACAGUGUGUGGUGGCUACGCAAGGCUUGGAGACAUCUACAAAAGCAUAGAUGAGAUCAUGGGCUUGCCCAGCAACCAAGUCGGCCUGUCCUCCCCCCAAAACAAGAAAAUGGUGGAAGAGGAACUGGAACGGUCCCUCGCGCUGAUCGAUCUCUGCAAUUCCAUGCAAGAGAAUUUAAUGGGGCUGAAGAUGAGUACCCAGGAGCUGCAACUGGUUCUCAAGAGAGGAGAUGAUGCGGCUGUUCAACUCAAGGUUGAGUCCUUCAUCCGCCUCGCGAAGCAGGCGCAGAAACCAUUCAAGCAGAUCGCAAGCAGCAAAGCUGGUGCUGAGGAUUGCAAGCUGGUCAGGCUACUGGCGGAAGCCAGAGACAUCUCUGUCUCUCUACUGGAGUCCACAUUGCAGCUGUUGCCGAAGCAGUUCGCCACCACCAAAGCAAGCAAAUGGUCUCUUGUCCAGAAAAGAAAGGUCGUUUGCGAGGAGGAACAGUUGCAGGUGCUAGAGCGAAGCAUGGGAGAUCUUGAGAACGGUGCGGAGCUUCUGUUCAGGAGAUUGAUCCAAAGCAGGGUUUCGCUCCUAAACAUUCUCAGCUCGUAACCCACUCUCAGGCCUUGUUUCUAUAGCAUAUUGCGAUUGGCAUCCGCCUUUUAAAGGAUUCACCAGUCAUAUAGAACCUUUCUAGCUUGUGUACAGAGCAAAGCACCAAAUAUACAUCCAAAUGAUCAGCUGAUGAAAACAGUUUUGACUAUGUUCAUACCAUGACUUCUGAUUUCACUCACAUUGAUAUUUACUAGGCAGUGAUUUUGAUUACUU